CGCUAUAUAAAGCUCUCAGAGCAAAUUGCUUUCUCCAGCCUGGAAAGGUUGGGAAGUUCAGGUGUGACCAGUAAGGACGAAGCAGGUCUCCAGUUUCGAAGAUGUGGAUUUUCUUGGGACUGCUUGUCCUCUGCAGCCUGGUCGGCCCCUUGCAAGGAGGCCCCAAAGGACCUUCACAUGGGAUCGUGUCCAUCAUCAGUUCGGGCAUGGCUCACAAAUAUGUCUCCUCCGUCUUCCUUCGGGAGGAGCUUCUCCAGAUCCACCUCUUGGGCAUUCAAUUCCCAGAUGUCUCUCACAAAGAUCAGCACCCGGAAAACUGGAUUAAGGAGUUGCAUGUCGUGAGGGUCCUCACUCCGUCUGUCACUCUGGAGCUGCACGAAAAGGGAGAUUCCUUGCUGUGCAUCAAGGCCAGAUUUCAUCUCAGUGGUAAAUUCUUUUUCGGCAAACACUUUGAGCGGGUUGACAUCAUCGUAGACGUGGACUUAAAAGCGGAAGUCAGGCUUGAGGACUAUUUUGCGGGCGUCUUCCACAUCAGAAUGCAAGUGUGCAAAAGUGAAUUCAUAAUCGCAAGGAUCACCUGUCCUUCGCACUUGUUGGUGAAAAAAGUGAGGCCCAUUGUAACAACCAUCCUUACAGCAUCAUUCCACAAGACGCUGUGCAGAGUGGUGGAAAUGGUCAUCGGCGUGGGAAGGGUCGAUUUUCUACACACUGCCAACGUGUUUUUCUCAGUGGGCACAGUGGCUACCAUGCAAUAUCAGCUCGCCUGCAUGCCAUUGAUAACUUCAAGCUACGCCGUGCUGGAAUUCAACAUGAUCAUCCGAACCGGGGGACGAGUCAUUACCCUCCCUGUCGGCACAGGGCCUGUCACCCUCCCUGCCUUGCAUCACCAUGGUUUCUGCCUAGGGAUGUCUCAGGCCAGCUUGGACGCCAUUCUCAUGGUUCUGCUCCAGAUCCGGGUGCAAGAGUUCAUUUCCACCCCGGAAGUGUUCUCCGGUGCCAGCGAGCUGACGACGGUCGUUGCAUCUCUUCUAUCACAUCAAAAGUGCCCCAAGUGUCCUCUGAAGGCGCCACUGAAAAUCACCAUCUCUUUGGUCGGAAUCCGGAGGAUUAUCCUGGAGCCCAAGAGAGCCGUCCUUCAGCUUUCCGUCGAGAUUGCCUUGUUGGCGAAAGGUCCGUCCGGGUCCCUGGUUGGGCUCUUCGUCCUGAGGGCUAACUUAAAACUGAGUGUCCAUGCCUCUGUUGUCGGCGGCAGACUGUUCUUCACUACGAAACUGACCAGUCUUGAGCUGCUCCUGGUUUCCUCCCAAGUUGGACCUGUUGACGUCUCUGUCCUCGUGGAGUUGAUCAAGUUGCUUGUACAAGAGACGUUUGUGCCACAAGUCAAUGAGUGCCUGGAUGUCGGGAUCCCACUGCCUCCAGUGGUACACAUUCACUGGAAUUAUCCGGUGAUUCAUUGUACGCAGGGGAUGCUGGUAUUGUGUGUGUGAGAUGGCCAAGGGGACCUCGCCUCCGAAGACAUUCCACCUGGUUUCGGCUGCAGCAGGAAGGCAAGAGGGAUGUCUUAGCGAGAAAGAAGAACCUAUACCUAUCUUAUCCUUUAUUUUCCUAACUGUGAACCGCCCUGAGACCCCUGGGUAUAGGGCAGUAUAUAAAUUCUAAUAAUAAUAAUAAUAAUAAUAAUAAUAAUAAUAAUAAUAAUAAUAAUAAUUACAUUUUGCACUUUGUUUCAAGCCUGGGGUCAAGUUGAGGGUGAUUUGCACAAAUGCUAGAUGCUAGUAGCAGGACACUCUCAAAUAGGAGGCAGGAUCCUUUCCAUACUCUGCAAGUGGUUAGGCCUUGGGUGUUUUCCAUUAACGGAAAAGAUGGAUACAGAAAAUAAUAUGAGAAAGGUAAGAGUGGCCUUGCAAACCCAUGCUGAAUUUUAGCACGAGUCCGGGUCUGAAUGUGCUUCUCUGUGUUAGGCUGCAAAAGGAGCAGAAGCGUAAAACACAGAAGACCAGGUAGCUCAAUUACUCCAGACUGCAGGUGAAAGAUCUCACAUCUUAGAGCUCUCCUAUGGAAACAGAGCAUCUCCCUAGACAUAGAAAGCUAGCAGAUUGAAAUGAAGAGUUCAGUAUAGGCUUCUUCUUGGCAUGCUGCAUUUCUGUGUGCAGGGUGGGAGGCAAAAAAAAAAUGGGGGGGGGCAUUCAAACAUGCAAGCCUCCACCUGCAGCCUGAUGUAUGACCUUCACCACUCAACUCUGUGAAUCAGAGAAAUCUCCCCAGAGGGAGAAAACAAUAGUUUGAUACGCAGUUUUCAAAUGACCUUAUUCAAAAGCACCUGUUCAGCUUCAUGCCCAAAGGCACACUUCUCCAUUGUCUCCUGAGAUAGACAGGUGCCAACUAAGGUUUCCUGUCCCACAAUGACUGGUACAAUUUAGGUGCUUGUUAAGCUUUGAGUGCUGGAUUGUGGGUGAUAUUCUACGCUCAUGGUGUCUCUCUCUCUCUCUUCACAAUAAAACUUCUUCGCUUUUCUCAA